GUUCAGGUUAAUUAUUCAUCCAUGCGACUCCCUUUGUGUACUGUCACAAUCUAUUCAGCCAUGGGCUGGGUUUGUGUACGGUCUCUAUGGCAACAGGUAAAUGAGUGCCAUGCUGUUUGACUGAGUGACGUCACAGCCGGGGGUUUGGGCCUGCCGCACAGGUAAAUUAGGACAGGUGAGGUGCAGGAUGUGUGUGGGAGUGCCGGCUGUGCCUCAGUGAGAGACGUAUGUGGGACUGGAGCUGCUGCAACUGCUGCUGACUGAAGGACCUGCCAGUGCCAGGGUAAACUCUUCUUCUGUCCUGUAUGGGAAGCUCGAUGAUGCCAAGAUCAGACUGACGUAAAUCAUCAAAAUAUAUUACCGUUUCUGAGAACCUUUGGAACAGUGCAAAGUCUGGAUGGUGAAGCGCACUCUACAAGGGAAUACCGUGACAACUGACAAACAUUGGAAUUGAGGAUUACUAUCUGCUCACUCAGUGGUGUUUGGACUCAUUGUCUCUUCAUGAAGUGUCCGAAAACUGAGUAAAGGGAUUUCUUAACUGACCAGUCAUUUGGGGCAAGUAACCAAAACAACUGCAGGGAAAAUUUGGCAAACAGUGACUGGGAUCUGUUAUAUAUCAUACAAGAUGAAUUUUUCCGAUUGGUACAUCCCCGUCUUUAUGACAAUCGCGAUCGUCGUCCUCACCAUCUUCUUCGCACUUGUGUACUACUUCGAGCCCUGCCUGGGAAUGAUCGGAUGGAACGCCACGGAUCGUAAACCGCCCGCCUCCAUCAACGAAAUCAGCUUCCCCAAGCGCAACACCAAGGACGACAUGAGCAAACUGAUUGAGGACGUGGGAUCACAGGACUUCGAUGGAUCACGUGAAAAUUUGACGGAACAUACGAUAGUCCCCAGCAACUCUCACAUUGUAGAUAUCGGAUACGAUAACAAAGCAAUGACGCUGGACGAGCCGCAGCAGGAUGAGAUAAGGGAAAAGGGCACGCAGACGCCUCCAAAGGACACAGAGCUGCGGGAAUUAAACGCGAAAAACCUCGAGAAAGACGUAGCAACAGCAGCAGUCCAGACAACUCCACAGAAGGAGUAUACGAUCCUGAAAUCAGGCAGUACGGAGAGGACACAGACACCGAUAAUGCAGCAGGGGUCGGGAACGCGGUCGUCUGCAUUACCGGGGCAGACAAACGCUAACGGGGACGGGGAAUGGGCAACUAUCUCAUGGACUACACAGUUGUAAUGUACAUGUGUGUGUAAAAUAUUCAAUGAAGUAAUGUGCAAUUCAGCUGAAUGUACAAACACUACAUAUCAGUAAGUUGUUAGUCACAGGAUCUUUGUCAGCUGAAUUUGAAAACAAAUGCAAUAUUUUUUGCCAGGCAUAUGUGUGUAGAUGCAAAAAAUGAUUGAUUGGUAGGAUUAUACAUCAAAUAGACUACAGAAACCAUCAAAAAGCAGUCAAAAUAGCAAAUAGAAUAACUUUCAAAUGGCUUUAUGAUAUAAUUUUUAUGAGAUUUAGUGGAAAUUAAUGGCAUUGUUGUUUGACACUUUAUGGAUAAAUCUACGUACAAAUGUACGUGCACAAUUGUGUAUGUAACAGUGUUCAUCUUAUAUCAUGACUUACUGAAUAUAAACACCAAGAGAUUGUUCAGCCACAGUGCAAUAUACAGGUGAAGUGAGUCAUUUAUUUUUUUGCAAUUCCUGGUAUUUCUUACAAGUCCUCUAGCACUGUUUGUCUAAUCCAGCCAUCUACCUGUAAGUUAGAAAAUGCCUGUUUUUACUAAAAAUGACAGCUUUUAAAAUAUGAAAACAGGAGGGAAAGGAAAAAGGUUUCAACCAGUAUACAUAGGCAAGCAAAAUAAAUAAGUAGUACUAGAAGAAAAUAGACAGCAAAAAGAAUGUCAAAAUUAGAAUGGCUUCAUCCUGGCACAAUCAUGUGUCACAGAAAAUUGCAGUACGUAUAGUAGCGUUUGCUUAUAGUUAUAAUGAGCAAGCUGUAGUACAAACUUGAGUUUCUCAUAUAGCAAUCAAUAUGUACUCCCGUGUACACUCGCAAAUCAAUUAUUUCAAUAUAUUACAUUGUGGUGUUACAAGUCUAUUACAUUAUUAAACUAUUUUUCAUAUGAAAUACUCGCCUCUCAUCUUUUCAUCCUCAAUUAAUUUCAGGCUACUUUACAUUGUGAGAGAUGAU